CGCUCCUCCGGCCGCCCCCCGGAGCCAUGCCGGGGCCGCGGGCUGGCGGGCAGGCGCGGCGGGGCGGCGGCGGCGGCGGCGGCGGCGGCGGGGGGAUCCCCGCGGCCCCGGCGCCCCUCCAGACUGUUCUUCCCCGCCGGUGUUCAGCACCAUCACUCUUACUCAGCAAAGGUUUGAGCAAGCUAUGGUUGCCUUCAGCCAGUUCACGGGAAGUGAAGGAGCUCUGGCUGGACUCCCUCCUUGGGCAAACAAAAGGACCAAAGGAAACCAGAGUGUCCAGAGCUCCCCCGAUCAAACUCCUAAUGAAAGUGUUAAGCAGCUGUAAUACCUCAAAGACACUAAAUGCUGGGAACAUGGAGAGUCUGAUCGAGUGCCAGUCAGAGGCUGAUGCCAAGAAAUGUCCCCCGCUGGUUCCAGCAGAUACUGAAGAUGGACUUUGCCUCUUGACUGCAGAUGGAACAAAGAAAAAAAAGAAGGUGAUAUCGCAGUCAUUUACUCUGAGACGAAGCUCUACCAGUGGGAACUUCCCAGGGCAGCUAGGCUUGGGUGCCAAAAUUGCUCUGUUUGGCCAACCUCUGGCACUUAUCUGUGGGGAAGAUGACACACUGCCCCAACCCAUCCAGGAUCUCCUAGCUAUACUGUAUUUGAAAGGACCUUCCACUGAAGGGAUAUUCAGAAAAGCUGCCAACGAGAAAGCACGAAAGGAGUUGAAGGAGGACCUAAACAAAGGCGGGAAUGUUGAUUUGAAAAGCAAAUCUGUGCACCUGCUGGCAGUGGGCUUGAAGGACUUCCUCCGAAAUAUUCCCUCCAAACUCCUAUUGGCUGACCUCUAUGAGAAGUGGAUGCAAGCUCUGGAGAAGCCAAGCAAGCAGGAGAAAAUUGAAGAAUUGAAAGAGGUGGCUGACAAACUGCCUCGACCAAACCUUGUCUUGCUCAAGCACUUGCUGUCUCUGCUCCACCACAUCAGCCAGAACGCUGAGACCAACAGGAUGGACUCCAGCAAUCUGGCCAUCUGCAUUGGCCCAAAUAUGCUGAGCCCAGAGACGGACAACACGCUCCCCCUGGAAGUCCAGAAGGAGAUGAAUGACAAGGUGACAGUGUUGGUGGAGUUCCUCAUAAACAACUGCUCAGAAAUAUUUGGGGAGGACAUUGCCUUCUCUGUCUGUGCCUUGGCUGAGGCGUCACCGGAGCACACAGACAGCUCCACAGAACACCUAUGUGCUGCUCAUCAGAAUGACUCUGCCUAUGACAGCCCAGAUCCUGAAGCUGAAGGCAGCCCCCGUACCUCUCAGACAGAGCAUCCCAAAGGGAGGACCACUAGUGUGAGCAGAAGAAAUCCGACACGCGUCUCUGCCCCUUCACUGACUAAUUUCAGAAAUGACAUCAGCACAAUGGACAGGAGGUACUCCGAGCCAGACCUGUCCUCCCAGAACCACCUUGAAGGCAGGAUAACGAAUCAGAAGCUAAACAAAAGUGAGGACAAUUUUCCGGUUCAGCAGAAACAGCUAGGUUUGGAGGCCCUGGAGAAACGGCUUGCAAUCUUACCUUCCCAAUUAUCAACUGACUCUCUACCCAAAACUUCCUCCAGUUGCUCCCUGGAGAGCUCUGAUGGCUCAGUCUUCACCAGCUCCCCAGUAGUUUCACCCUCUAGUCCUAAAAAAACUUUUUUAAAUAGGCCCCAGUCCUUUUCCACCAAGGCCAUUGAAGACUGCAGUAUGCCUAGCAGAGAAAUCAAAAAGCACUCCAUGUCAUUCUCUUUUGCAAACCGCAGGAAAACACUACUAAAAACCCAGAGUUGGGGGCCUGGAAAAAACAUGGGUUUUCAGAGAGACAGUUUCACAAAGAAAGAAGAUCAGUUCUCCUGCAGAGUUGUCCAGGAGAACAGCCCUGACGAUGACAAACCAUUGCCUGUAGCAUAUCAGCAAAGGCCCCGUUUCAGGUCAGCUGAUGAAGUGUUCAGAGAGGUAGACCAGAGGAAUCCUGGAAGACCACCCUCUUAUGAAGAGGCUACUAAAAACUGCCUGGCCACUGAAGUUCCCUCCCACAGUCUCACAGUUCAAACUAUGAGAUUAAAGGUGUCAAACCAAGAUGCUUUGCCGCCUCAUCCAUGCAGCAGCUGUGCACAGGACACAGCAUAUACGGCUCCAAGAGAUUUACCUAGUGGCAGAGUUUCCGCAGCGAAGGAUUCUGAUGUGGAAACUGAAACCCUCAGCAUCACUGUGGGAUUAAACUCCCGUGUGAGUUUACCUGUGACUCCAGGAGUCUACCGAAUGAGAGCCAUGUCUGAAUCCUGUCAAAAGAAAAAACUUGAGUAUGUGGCUCGGAGGUGCAGCCAGCCAGUUUUUGAGGUAGACCAGAUCCAGUAUGCUAAGGAAUCCUAUGUUUAAAAAGUGUGUCCCUUCUUUUCGCACUGUACAAAGUAAAUAUUGUAAAAAUAGACAUUUGUUCAUCCUUGGUAAGAUUUCCCUUUCAAGAGACCAAGAAUAAGCUAGGUCUGCAUGAACUUCUUUUUCCUUGAGAGUCUCCUGAAGUGUCUGUCACCUCAACAUGUCACAUUCUUUCACUGCAAGGGAUGGUGGUGAGGAAGACCUGUGUAUUACUAUGUAAAAAAUAUAAGUGAAUAUGCUGUACAUAACCUGUUGUGUGGAAAAACUAGUUAGUAGUUGAUGAACAGUGUUGUAUUUGCACACUUGAAAGGACAAUUAAAACCUGUCCCACCUUCCUUUUCUUUUCUGUAUGGUCACAGACUCCAUGCCAUUUGUCACACGUGUGCCAGGCUGAUGCAAUACUUUGCUGAUUUUCUGCAUUAAGAAGUGAGCUGGUAGUUACCCCAAGUAAGGAAGAGCUGUUCUGCCAUCAAGGCCACCUCAGCACUCUUCCAUAAACUCCCUGCAUCUGCUGCCAUUCCCCCUUCCUGCUUGCUGGUGGUGAGAAUGAGCUGACCACUGAACAGCAUUAGUGUUGUAUACCGAGCCUGGGUUUAGAGCCACUGAAGCUGUACAAGGUCGUUAUGGGAAUGUAUCAAGUAAAACUCAUGUGCUUUUAGUCUAAAUAAACUGGACAGGCUAAGCAGAAAGAAAAGUAUCGUCAGGUUUCCUUUUAUGAGGGGAAAAAAACCCCAAACAACAAAAACUCCUGUAAGGAAAUAUUUUUGAUUCCAUCUUUAAGUAGUUAAAGCUGCAGCUCAUUAAAUUAAAAAAAAAAAAAAAAAGACAAAAAAAGCCCCAAACAAACAAACAAAAACCCAGGCAUGUACCUAUGUUGUAAAAAUGACUGGAAGUGCAAUGUGUUUUUACAUAUAGGAAUGUACAAAUUUGUUUUGGAUAGGAUUUACCUGCCUUUUUAUGGCUCAGUGUAGCCUUGAGCCAGCAGCAGGAAGACUUUUGGUUUUUUCGUUUGUAAGUUCACUACAAUAAAACAUUUUUAUGCAUGAA